GUCAGCUUUGGUCGCGCGGAUCGUCGCGGAUAAUGUCGGUGGUGCCGUGCCGAGCGAGCGUUCGCUGCUCUAUCAGUUCAGUUGACAUUUGACUUCAGAACGGUUCGGUCGAGAUUUUGAAAAUUUGAACCAGUUUUUAGUCACACGUUUCGGAUGACUCGUCGCGCGCCGCUGCUGAUCUGUGCGGGGAUCUAAUCCGUUUUGCUGUGCUCUUGUUGUCGGUUUUGAAGGCGCGAAGGGUGGUUUAUUGUGUGACAAUUGAAUGCAUGCUAAAUCAAACCAUAUUAGUGGCAUAAAUCAUUGUGAAAGAGAGUUGCUGGACGGGAAGUGAAUCAGUGACGUGAAUUCGAUAUUUCGGUGUGGAUGGUACCGAAGAAGAUUGAUUUUGAUUUUUGGCAACCGUGAGAAUUGAAGGCCGAAACAAUUGCUGAAGUUUACUUUGAAUUAAUUUAUGAAUAGUGAAUUAACUGUGAAUACGUGGCAUCAAAGAUGAAUGUCGAACCAACGUUAACGUUAUUACUCACAUUACUCAUAGCGAAAGCUAUGGGAAGUUCAGUGCUCGUGGCGGAUUUCAGAAUGACCAGAAUGGUCGAACUCAGCAGUCGAACGCCGUACUGCAAAAUACAUUCCGAUCGAGGCGACAUACAACGGAUGCUGCUGGCCUUUGACGCGAAGAAGGUGCGGCAGGUGCCCCGCGAAUCUGUGAUAGCCCUGGAGGAGGUGUGCAACGAGGCGAGCGGAAUAUCGGGCGAACUUCAGGGCGGACUGGGGUUCAUCUACCCGGGAACUAAGUGGUGUGGACCAGGAAGUAUCGCGGCUAAUUACUCAGACGUGGGCAGGUACGCCGACGAGGAUCGAUGCUGCCGCGAGCACGACAUGUGUCCGAACAUUCUGCUGCCGGGGGAGUGCCGACGAGGGCUGUGCAACCGAGGUGCCUUCACAAGAUCACACUGCGACUGUGAUGCAAGGUUUAGAAGAUGUUUACAAAAUCUCAACACCGAAACCGCCAACACCCUGGGAGCCGUGUUCUUCAACGUGAUACAGGUGACCUGCUUCAGCGAGAGGCGACCAUGCUCAAUUUGGCAGAGCGCCGACAACCACCUGAUGGAGUCAUGUUCAUUGCAGUUUGCUCCUUCCGAUUACUAUGUGCCGCCUUAUCUUCAGCCAGGCUAUUACUACCAUAAAAAUUCGGUCAAACGAUCGUUCGACAAGAGCAUCUACGACGACAUUAACACCCAUCAUCUCAAGAAGGAAUCGUUGAACUUGAUUUCGAGGAAUUUGGUUAAAGAUGUUUUCGUUCGACCGCUGAACGGUUUCAUCAAGUACUAUCUCACUGCCAAGUCCGUUGUCUAUGGUUAAGGUCAACGACGACAACAGUCGAUGCACGUUGAAGAUGAUGGCUGGCUGGAUGCAAGCGUUUGAAGUUGUAGCAACUUUUUGAGUACAAUUGAGACUGAUCUGUCCGACCAACACUGCCAAUAAGAGCGAUAAUUUCGUGCGAAGUGAUUUAAUUUGAAGGCUUAUGCCCACGUAGGUACUAGAAGCUCAUCCAAAGGUGAAGCAUUUCCGUGCAAAUGUUUAACGGCAAUUGUUCACAGGUUUUAUAAUGUUUUUGAGCGUCACUUUGAAAAUUUUUAGGAAUUUAAUUAACUCACCUGCCUUAAUGUGACUCUGGUAUCAUCUUCACAUUGAUUGUUGCUAAGUGCCGCGCCGCGCCUUAGUAUUGGUAAUUUGGAAAAUAUGAUUUUAUUGAAUAUUUUAACUGGCUUUCUCAGUCUAGGGAAAUUCAAGACGACGUUUCAGCCUUGUGUAUUUGGCCUUUUUCAAGUGUAAAACUGUCUGUCGUUCUUCGUUACAUUUAUAUAUGCCGCAAUUUCCAUGUUGGGCUUCUUGUAUGGGAAAUAACUAUUUGAUUUUG